CGAAAACAAAACGUGCUCUUGGUCCUGGGGAAAGGUGAUUCCGUGAGUUUCUGCAUCGAAUUUCUCUGUGUUUCGCGUGAAAAUUCCCCUAAAAGUGUAACGAUGAACCGCGUAAAGAAGAAAGCCCUUCCAAGACGAAAGAAAACAUCCGCUGGAGGAUUCGUCAAAAGGAAGAAGGGGACUGCAAAUGAUUCUGAUAACGAGUCCUACGAUUCGAUGGUGGAUAACGGAACAGACGAGGAUGAUACCGGCGGGAUAGUUAGGACUUCGAACGGCCAUUCGAAUGGUAGUGACAAUGAUAGCGAUAGUCCCGAUAGCGGCAUGGAGAGUGGAGCGUUCGUCCGUUCCAUGAAAGGAAAGGCAUCACCGAACGGUGUGCUUGCGACCGCCACCAAGAAAGCACGGAAACGGAAAGCAGAUGUUACCGCGGACGAAGAGGAGGCACACCGUGUCCGGGUUAAAGCGAUCAAGGCACUCUACAAACCUCCGACCGUCGAGGAGAUCAACCGGUUGAAGGAAACCGAGAACUACUAUCACUCCAAUCUGUUCCGGAUGCAGACGGAACAGAUGCUGAAGGAAGUGAGGAUCCCAUCGAAGACGGGUCGGUUCGUACAGGUGUGGCUGGAGGAGCUAAAGGAAGUAUUACGUUCGGUCGAAGGUACCACCGGUGAUCGUGGAAUACUGGAGGUAGACUACGAUGGUAUCGACUUCCCUCUAGAACCGGCCGAAGGAACCGAACUGCGCGAGACACUCUCAAAGGACCGGUUUCAUUUCGAAAUGCAGAGUAAUGUACGCAUCAUCGGCGGCUGCGGUGUGCUACGGACUACGUUCGGCAAACCACUGAUCGUCGAUUUGCUCCUGACGAUGCCGGACUCGUGCUUCCACAAGGAUGAUUAUCUCAAUCUACGCUAUCACUACAAACGAGCUCACUACCUGUGUACCGUUGCGGAACAUUUGCUGCAGCGUAAGACGUUGGUCGCCGAAGCUCGGUUUGUGCCCCUGAAGGGUGAUCGAUUGAAGCCUCUUCUCGAGUUGGUGGCGGCCGACGAGAAUUUCUCUCACAAAGUUCACUUUCAGCUGCAUGCCGUAGCCGAGGGAGGCAAGUUCCCUAAAAAGCGUUUCCUCCCGGAAAACAACAACGUGCGACCGGCAGUGAUCGGUCAGGCGGUCACCGCAGAGCAACUUUCCGGCUUCCCAACACCCCACUAUAACGCUUCGAUUCUGUACGAUUUGCGGUUGGCGAAGAAUGCGGAACUUCUCGAAAGCACCAUCCAAUCGGAUGGUCUGAGGGAAGCGAUCAUACUGCUCAAGGUUUGGGCUCGUCAGCGACACUUUGACCGAGGCCGGUACGCGUUCGAUGGUGGCUUGAUCACGUUCUACAUCGCUCAUCUGCUACAGAACAAGCGCAUCUACCCGAACAUGAGCAGCUAUCAGAUCAUACGGCUGUUCUGGAAUCAACUGGCAGCAACUACCUGGGAUACGGUGGGACAGGGUUUCGAUACGCAGAUUAACCGUGAAACAAUCGCUACCUUCCAUCGAUUUUACGAUGUCGUGUUCCUGGAUCCGCUCGGCGUGCUCAACCUGACCGCGAAUCUACCACUGGAUUUGUACCGUCGAGUGAAGCAGGAAAGUGCUCUUGCCAUUCGUCUGCUGGACAAUCGUAAGAUCAACUGUUUUCUGCCAUUGUUUUUGGCCAGUUAUCCCGCUUUCGUGCAGUACGAUCAUCUCGUAUCGCUACAAGAAGCUGAGGUAGUUGCGGCCACGAUCGAAUCAUUUGCCGAGGAGAUCGAUCGACUCGAUUAUCUCGGCGAUCGUGAGGCACUGUUCACUAGGAUGGUGGAGAAGCUUCUACGAAAGGGACUGGGAUCCCGUGUCACUUGUCUUGUGCCACUAGCGACGACCUCGGAAUACCCUCACGGUUGCACGAUCGGGCUCUGUUUGAACCCCGCGGAUGCAUUCGAUGUGAUCGACAAGGGUCCUGAAGCGGUCGAUACGGUUGCAAGCGAAGAGUACCGAUCGUUCUGGAGAGGAAAAGCGGAACUGCGACGCUUCAAGGAUGGUUCGAUUACGGAAUCGUGCGUCUGGGGUCAAGCCAGUGAUCCGAUCGGUCAAAAGCGUCUAACGGUACGCUCGAUCGUGCUGUUUCUGCUGCAAGCACAUUACGACAUACCGGUGAAGCAGAUCAACUAUUUGGCGGCUCAGUUCGAGGCGGCGCUGCAACCGUGGCCACCGAAGGAGAUCGAGGUGCUGCAUGAAACUAUCGAGGAACGCUCGCUCGCGAUCAUACGUGCGUUCGAUGCGGUCGGUCGGAUGAUGCGAGAUCUGGAGAAGCUUCCGCUAACGAUCAAUGCGAUCGUCGGAACGGACGCCGUGUUCCGUUAUAGCGAUCCGGAUCCACCACGACCGACGGCAAGCGGACUGCUGGUCAAUGGACAGCUAGUCUUUUUAAGCGGCAAACCGAUCCACGCAACGAUACAGCUCGCAGCGAGUGGCAAGUGGC